GCGAUGAAAUUUAAGUAUGCACCAAGUUUUGAUAAAGAUACCUAUGAUAAUAAUAAGAAUUUUCAAGAAAUAUCUAAUUUUGAUUCAGAAUCUGAAGAAGAAAAUAAUGUAUUCUUUAAUAUUCAAGAAAGUCAAUUUGAUCCUAAAACAAUUAUAAAAGAGAUAAAAAAUAUUAUUUAUAACUCACUUUUUGAAUAUUGGGACUACAUGUCACAAAUUUGCCUUCUUUCAACACUAUUGGACCCUCAACUAAGAAAAAUGACCUUUGCAAGUGAUGAUGUUUGUAAUUAUACUAUUGAAAAAUAUCGGUUUCAGCUUCACCAAUUGAUGUCACUAUCAGAAGAACAACCUAUUUCAUCUAACCCAACAAAUAUUUCUUCCAAUAACAUGUUUAAAGACAUAGUAUUUGACGAAUCUGAAAAGUUACAAGAUUCUAUAGAUAAAUUAGAUUUUUAG